CAACCCAUAAAGAGAUAGAGAUUGAGAGAGAGAUUGAGAGAGAGAGAGAGAGAGAGAGAAUGGCAACGGUUUCAGCAUGGGGAAAGCCAGGAGCUUGGGCUCUGGAUUCCGAGGAGCAAGAAGCCAAGGACCAUAUCCUCCAAGAGCAGCAGCUGAAAGACAGAGAAAACGAGCUAUUCCUCGACUCGUCCGAGUCAACUCAACAACCACUCGCCGAUUUCCCAUCCCUUGCAGCUGCCGUCACCACCAAACCCUCCAAGAAGAAGAAAUCUCAGCCGGUAUCGCUUUCCGAGUUCACCAUCGGAAAACAAGUCACCCACGGCUCUGGCAAGACAACCAGCUCUCUUCUUACCAAAGGCCUCACCCCCGAUGAGCAACUCCUCCUUCCCACCGGACCCCGCCAGCGCACUGCUGAAGAGCUUGAACGCUCCUCCUCCCGCAUCGGCGGCGCCUUCAAUUCCUACAGCUCUUCUGGGCCCCGCAGGUACCCGACCGAGGACCAGGCCCCCCGCCGCAACAACACCAUCAACAGCGGUCCUUCCCGUGCUGAUGAGAUCGAUGACUGGGGUGCUUCGAAGAAAUCGGCCCCGCCCCCCUCGUUCGAUCGUAGGGAUAGGGGUGGUUUCUUUGACUCUCAGUCCCGUGCAGACGAAUCUGACAGCUGGGUUUCCACCAAGAGCCAUGCUCCUGUGCCAGAGGGCCGGCGGGCCGGCAGCGGCGGGUUUGAGGGUUUUAAGGAUAGGAAGGGCGGGUUUGAUAUUUUCCACAAGGAGGGAACCAACGGUGGUGCUGAUUCGGAUUCAUGGGGCAGGAAAAGGGAGGAAGGGAGUGGUUCUGAUUCGUGGGGCAAGAAAAGGGAGGAAGGGAGUGGUUCGGAUGCGUGGGGCAAGAAAAGGGAGGAAGGGAGUGGUUCGGAUGCGUGGGGCAAGAGAAGGGAAGAAGGGAGUGGCGGGCGACCCCGGCUUAACCUGCAGCCUCGGACACUGCCUGUGACCAACGGCGAUCCACAGCAGGGGCCAGGAAAGAGCAAGGGUUCAAACCCAUUCGGUGCGGCACGACCGAGAGAGGAAGUUUUGGCAGAGAAGGGGCAAGAUUGGAAGAUAAUUGAUGAGCAGCUGGAGUCUAUGAAAAUUAAGGAGAUGAGUCCCUCUGCUGUGUCUAGUGAUGGGCCGUCUUUCGGGAAGAAGAGUUUCGGGAGUGGGAAUGGGCGGACCAGUAUGCCUGAGGAUCGGACGGAGAGGAAUUGGAGGAAGGCGGAUUCUGCGGCUGAUGAUACUCCAAGUUUGGCACAUCCAAACAAUUGAUAUGUUGCUGAGUUGCAGUUGCUGAUUUCUUUUGGGUUGCAGGGCUGAGAAAAAUGAGAAUGGAGAGGCGGCUGAUAACUGAAAAGCAUGAGCAUGGGAGUAAUGACAUGAGAUUGAGUUGGGUUUUUGCAUAUUUUCUCAUUUGGUUUUCCUCGUCUAUUUGCUUUCCCCUCCCAACCUCAGGGUAACUGUGGAAAAUCAUGACUGAGACAGUUUUGGUAGUUUGGAAGCGCCAGCGUGUGCUAUUAUUACUCUUAUGAUUAUUAUUAUUAUUGUUAUUAUUAUUAUAGCCUUCAAGAAAGGCCGUCUGUAGGGACCUCGUUACAUUUGUGUCUUCUUUUACUGAGAAAAUUUCGGAUUUCUGUUAGAGGGUGUUGUUUGUCAUGUGACAAAAUAAUCUAAGACGGGUUGUCUAA